AUGACAACUCCCAGUCUCAUAUCCCUCAUACUCGCCUUUUCGGCCAACAGUCUAGCCGUAGCAUCGGGAUGCACCCAGGUGCAUUGUCAAGUUACUGUGUGUGCCCCUAACGCAGACGAAGCAUAUAAUGUGGCGAGCCUUGGGCUAGUUGCCAUUAUGGGCCCCGACUGCGCGAGUUGGCAGGCCGGCUCGCCAACAGACCAAGGCCAAGGCCAAUGCGCAGAAGGCUUCAAGACAUUCAGCGGAAAUUUCGACAUAUGGCGUGCCUGGACUGCCUGGGGUGACGAUUACUGGGCCCAGUUCGCGCAAUGGGGCAACUUCAUAGGUGCGACGUGUACUGGUGGUAAGACUGUUAAAUGCGAGCCCAAGUCAGGCCAGUACCCUAGUUCAGUGACUGGGAGAUGCCAGACUCAGCAAUGGUGA